UCUAUUAAAGACGAGGUUGACGAGUUAGAUCAACCAAGAAGGAGAAGAAGAUCAAAUCCAGGGUUCAAAUUAAAAAAAAAAAACAUGGAAGCCUCAUCGAAAAGGGAGGUUGCAGAAGAAGAAGCUACGGCUCCUCACAUUUCUUAUAUUAACCCUUGCUUUCUUCUUCAAGCUCUUCUCAAGUGCUUAGGUAUUGAAACUAAAUCUCAUGAAGCCUCUUCUUGUCCAAGCUCACAACACAAAGAUUACGAUGAUGGUGAUGGAAAAUUUCUCUCUGAAAAGAGUUCUCAAGCAUCAUCUUCAAGUGCAGAAGAAGAUGCAUGUCCACCUUCAAUAACAGAUCUCGACGCUCCUCCAACUGCUACUGAUGAUCCUGUUCUUGCUAGAACACCGCCAAGGCCACCGCCGAGUAGCGGGAGUGGUCCGCAGAUUAAUUAAUUGCUAUCCAUCUUGAGUCCUUGGCUCUGCAAUGAUGAAUCUGUAGUUCUCAAGCUUUUCUUCGAUCUGGAACCAAAUGGUUAGGGCUAGCUAUGGCAAGUUGGCUGCUGUAGAUUUUUCUUCCUGUAGUUUUCUGUUCUUUCUUCUUCUUCUUCACUGUUCAUAGUCAUGUGGAUAGCUGCUCAUGAACACUACUGGUAGUUUGUUUGUUUGUUUUCCAUGGAAAUUGAGAAAUUAUUUUCUUUUUUUUUUU